AUGCUCGUCGAAGAUGCACCAGAAGACGAGGGGCAGGGCUCUCCUCGACAGACGUACAACUUUGCGCCGGGCUACCACGGCGUCGUCUAUCGCGCCGACGUACCGGAUCGUGGCGCGGGGCAUCGCCGCGAGCACAAGGGAGACGACGAACAGGAAAAGACAGCCACGACGUCAGGAGCCGCCGCGUCGGAACCGCCCCGUGAGGACGACAAGGUCAGGUACAAGAUGCAAUCAAUGCAGUGGGGGUUGAUUCCCUUCUGGACCAAGCGCGACCCAGGUUACUCGACGCUCUCCAAGACGAUCAACUGCCGCGACGAUUCCCUCAGCACGCCCGGCGGCAUGUGGUCGACGAUGAAGGCGGGAAAGAGGUGCAUCAUAGUCGCCCAGGGCUUCUACGAGUGGCUCAAGAACGGCAAGGAGAAGAUGCCGCAUUUCGUCAAGCGCAAAGACGGCCAGCUCAUGUGCUUCGCUGGCCUGUGGGACUGUGUACAGUAUGAGGAUGCCGACGUCAAACGAUACACAUACACCAUCAUCACGACGGACUCCAACAAGCAGCUCAGGUUUCUCCACGACAGAAUGCCAGUCAUCCUCAACCCCGGCUCCAGGGAGAUCAGGACCUGGCUGGACCCCAAACGGCACGAGUGGUCCAAAGAACUGCAAGACCUCCUGAAGCCCUUUGACGGCGAGCUCGACUGCUACCCUGUCAGCAAGGAGGUCGGCAAGGUCGGCAACAACUCGCCGUCCUUCAUCAUACCCGUCGCGAGCAAGGAAAACAAGUCCAACAUUGCCAACUUCUUUGCCAACGCAUCCGCCAAACAAACACUCAAAGAGGAGUCGAGAGCUGAACCUGUGGUUGAGACCAACGUAGAGGUGGAACACUCGCAAGAGGACAAGAAGCAGCCGGUACCAGAAAUCAUCGCCAAAGCGGCUGCAGACGCAGAUGGCCAGGUCACCAAGACAGGGAUCAAGCGGGAGGCUGCCGAGCCCAACUUGGACGAGGAGCCGCCGAGGAAGUUGCCUUCGAAGACGAGGCAGAGCAGGACCAGCGCGACGAGCAACGGGAGUAAAAGCCCUGUCAAACCGAAGGAUGGGACGCAGAAGAUUACAAAGUUCUUCGCCAACAGUGCGUGA